GCCGGCUCCGCGCCCGCAGGGACCUCGCCGGCCGAGCGGGGACCACCCCCACGGCGGCGGGGAGCGCUGCCCCGGCCCCGCUCCCGCACACAAAGGGGAGGCGCGGAAUCGUGCGCGGACGGGGCGGAGGACCAGGCGGGUGGGCGGCUUGGUACCUCCCCGGGGCGGCAGCGGCGGGGGAGCCGGCGUGACAGCCGGGCGCGGGCGAGAGCUGUGCGCUGGGAUCCGAAAGAAGCCGCCGGUGUUUCCUCCCCCUUUCCCGCAGAGAGAGCCCGGCAGCCCCGUCCAGGCUGCUCCCGGGAUGGCGGCUGGCCGCCCCGCGGGGCCGGGCGCUGCGCCCUAGCAGCCGCCGGGCUCCAUCCGCGCCGCCUGGGCGAGAGCCGGGCGCGGCCCGGACCCGGCUGCGCCUCUGCCCCUCUCCGCCGCCGCCCGGGGCUCUUCUCGCCUCCCCGCCCCGUUCCCGGCCAUCGCAGCAGGCAUGGGCUGUUUCUGCGCGGUCCCGGAGGAAUUCUACUGCGAAGUUUUGCUCCUGGACGAGUCCAAGCUGACCCUGACCACGCAGCAGCAGGGCAUCAAGAAGUCAACGAAGGGGUCGGUUGUCCUGGGCUACGUAUUUCGUCACUUAAACCUGGUGGAAAUAGAUUACUUUGGACUGCGCUACUGCGACAGAAGUCAUCAAACGUACUGGCUGGAUCCUGCAAAAACCCUUGCUGAACAUAAAGAAUUGAUAAACACUGGACCACCAUACACUCUGUAUUUUGGCAUUAAAUUUUAUGCAGAGGAUCCAUGUAAACUUAAGGAAGAAAUAACAAGGUAUCAGUUUUUCUUGCAGGUAAAGCAAGAUGUUCUACAGGGCCGUUUGCCUUGUCCAAUCAACACUGCAGCACAGCUGGGAGCAUACAUAAUUCAGUCUGAGCUGGGGGACUAUGACCCGUACAAGCACACGGCAGGCUACGUCUCCGAGUACCGCUUCGUUCCCGACCAGAAGGAAGAGCUGGAGGAGGCCAUAGAGCGGAUACACAAGACUCUGAUGGGUCAAGUUCCUGCUGAGGCAGAAGUGAACUACUUAGGUGUGGCAAAAUCUCUGGAAAUGUAUGGAGUGGAUCUCCAUCCUGUUUAUGGUGAAAACAAAUCUGAAUACUUUUUAGGAUUAACACCCAUAGGAGUUGUUGUCUACAAGAACAAAAAACAAGUAGGAAAAUAUUUCUGGCCUAGAAUUACGAAAGUUCACUUCAAGGAAACACAGUUUGAACUUCGAGUCCUGGGAAAAGAUUGCAACGAAACUUCCUUCUUUUUUGAAGCACGUAACAAAGUCACAUGCAAACAUCUGUGGAAAUGCUGUGUAGAGCAUCAUACAUUUUUCAGGGUGCCAGAGAAUGAAUCAAACUCUCUAUCAAGAAAAGCCAGCAAGUUUGGAUCCAUAGGUUAUAGACAUCGGUACAGUGGCAAACCGUCUUUGCGGAUGACCAGAGACCCUUCUGUCCAGCUUCCGCGGCCUGACCAGAGCAUUGAAAGGAGUCGCAGCAAGACUUACCCCAAAAGAACACAGCAGACAGGUUCUAAGAACAUGAGCCAGAUUACAACAAAUGGGGAAAAUGAAGGAACUACCAAAAUUAUUGCACCUUCUCCAGUGAAAAGCUUUAAAAAGAUGAAAAAUGAAAACAGUCCAGAAACACAAAGAAGCAAAACAGGCGCUCCAUGGGAAGAAAAUGGGCCACAGAGUGGACUGUAUAAUUCUGCCAGCGACCGCAAUAAAUCACCAAAGUUUCCCUACUCUCGCCGGAGGAACCCGUCUGGUGGCAGUGAGAAUGAGCCUGGGCAGCCGGUUCGGAGGAGGAAAAAUCAAAACAGUGGUGAAGAUUCAGAUUUAAAGCCAAGGAGAAGGUCACGGUCCCGCUGUAACACCAGCAGUGGCAGUGAAUCCGAAAAUUCCAACAGAGAGCAUCGGAAGAAGAGAAACAGGUUACGGCAGGAGAACGACAUGGUGGACUCGGCGCCCCAGUGGGAAGCGGUGCUGCGGCGGCAGAAGGGGAAAACCGCGGCGGACCCGAGCUACCGGCGGUCCCGGCACAGAUCGCGAUCGAGAAGCCCAGAUGUUCAAGCUAAAGAAGAAUUGUGGAAACAUAUUCAGAAGGAGCUUGUGGAUCCAUCUGGCCUAUCUGAGGAGCAAUUGAAAGAAAUUCCAUACACUAAAGUAGAGACUCAAGGCGACCCCAUCCGCAUCCGGCACUCGCACUCCCCUCGCAGCUACCGGCAGUACCGGCGGUCCCAGUGCUCUGACGGGGAGAGAUCUGUCCUGUCCGAAGUGAAUGUCAAAACUGAUCUGGUCCCUCCACUGCCUGUUACACGAUCUUCAGAUGGGAAAGGUCCCAGCAUCCACCUGAUUCAACAGAGACAGAAUGGAUCUAAAGACAGCCUAAUAGAAGAACCAUCUCUGCUAUCCACCAAUAAUGUUGAUGGAAAAGCUGCCACUAAGAUUGUAAAAACUGUACAGGUGUCACGCUUCAAGGUGGAGACUUGACUGAAGAAUUGAAGAUGGUUAAAGGGUUUUGGUCCUUGGAAAGUGAGAAUUUGUUUAUGUGUGCAAGGGAAGGAACUGAAGUCGACGUGGUGGUCUUGUCCUUCACCUGGCAGUGCAGCCUGCUUGCUGGGAAGACCAAGCAAUGGUUUUAUCACCAACAUCAUUCUAGUGGCGUGAGGCAACCAAAACCAAAAGUCUUUGCAAAACUGAACGAUCAGCAGUUACAUUUCCAAAAAAUGAACAAUGAAAAAAAUUGCUGCAACAAAACAGGCUUCAUGGUCUGCUCUGUAACUGAAUAGCCUUGUUCCAAGAAGUGACUGUUAACUGACAUCAUCAGGACCAGAUGCUUCUAGAUAAGUAAAAUAGUCAUAUUUUUGGUCAAUUGUGCAAUACAGUGUGAUAUGGGGAAAUUAUCUUCACAAUUUAUAUGGGGAUCGACUUAUGUCCUGAGACAUAAGGACAGAUAACUCUUUCAAGGGUUAUUUUAGUCUAGCACAAAAACAGAUGCUCGUCUUGUUGAUACAAAUUCUGACUCAACCCAUUUUAGCUCAAAAACAAUAGACUCUGUAACAUGCUGUAGCAGUGAGUUCCAGAGGUGAAACAGACUUACUUUGCUUUGGGCAGGUUUAAAUAUUCUAAAUUUUGAAUGCCCUUUUGUGUAGAGGGACUAUUUAAAUGAACAUUCCAUACCACAGAAAUACAGUCACCAACUUGUAGUAAAGCACACUGGAAAUUGGGGAAUAUAAAUUGACCCACUGUGUUAAGACUGCUUAGCAAGGCACUUCAGUGCUGGUUAAAUGAAACUUGUGGAGUAGUAUUUAAGACAGCUAAAAAAUACUUUUUUUUUUGUUUUGUUUUGUUUUUGUUUUUUAAUCUAGAUUAGUAAAGUCUGUCUUAAUUUCUCAUAUAAAAUAAUCCGACUUUUCUCUGAGCCAUUUCUACUAUGUUAAAAUGACAAAGGCAGUAUUUCAGAUAUGAUAACUAUAAUUUUUUUUCUAUUGUCAUGAUAGGCAUACUAAGUCUUAAUGAUGCUGCACAUUGAGUUAUCUUCUAAUAUAUAUCUGAAGUGAUGCCUGCCUGGCUGUCCUCUUGUCCUAUCACUUCUUAAAAAUAGAUGAAAGUCACUUCUCUGCCUCCCAUUUGUCCACAGUCAGCACACGGAUGAGCCUCCAGGUUGCUGACUUGCUAGGGAGCUUAGCAAAGUCUUUGUGUUGUGGAAGUAAUUUUUGCAAAGUGUAGUAUUGAAUUUUUCAAGCAGCGUCGUAAACUGCUGUAGCAGCUCACGUGCCUUUCUAUGUCUGUCCUCUUUACACUCAACCCCCCUCAACCCACAGAGAUUUGCAGUGACCCUGUGUCUUCCAGUCCAAGCAACACCAGGGAAUUCCAGCCCUGUCAGAAAAGCAACACUGCUUGAGAACUGGAGUUAGCAUAAGGUGUCUAAGUUACACUUUACAAGAGGCAUGGGAUUACUAAUACCCAUUUUAACUGACUAAACUGGUAAGCAAAAUGUUGUAUGAUGUGCUUUAUUUUCCACUUUUUAAAUUCUUCAUUGUUUCAUGAUCUGAGGUGGUCAGUGGAGUGGAUGCAGCCAUACAGUUUGUAUAUUCCUAUCACAGUAUGGAGUGGUGUCUAGGUUGGGACAUGCUGCAUCCUGUCACGAAAGGCAGAUUCACUUAAUACUUUUCUUUUGUCUUUUACUUGGGACAGUUCUGCCUAUACAGUCUCAGUGAACAAAUCUAAGGGAAGGAAAGAGAACCCCUCAGCAGUAAAAAUUCCGUUUUCAUGGAGGUUCUUAAGAAUUUUUUGAAUUUACUAUGCAUUUAAUUCUAGAACAUUGUUUGGCUUGGCUUAAGUAUUUGCUCAGUUUUGUAAUUUUUUAUAAUUGUCAAUUUGCUCAGUUUGGUUUCAUUGUCACUGCUCCUAUCCUUUUUUAUGACCCUGUGUAGUACUGGCAUGAACAACAGUUAAAAAAAGCCCAAACAAAACAAAACAA